GGCAAACAGAUAAAAGGCGUCUCUCUCUCUUUUCUUUUUCUCCCCUAUGAUCCUUUGGUUUCAAGCUGAUUGAGAAGAAGAAACCAAGGUGAGCAUAUAUGGCUUUCGAGUUUAAAGCACUACCAUUCACGUUUGUUACGCACGCACUUGCGAUCGCUGGUGCGGUUCUGGUAUUGGUUUGGUGCAUACACUUUAGAGGUGGCUUGGCCUGGGAAGCUUCCAACAAAAGUCUCAUCUUCAAUAUUCAUCCCGUUUUGAUGCUAAUUGGCUUGAUCAUCAUAGGAGGCGAAGCCAUUAUAAGUUAUAAAUCACUUCCUUUGAAGAAACAAGAGAAGAAACUCAUACAUCUGGUUCUCCAUGCCGUUGCACUAAUUCUGGGUAUAAUUGGCAUCUACACGGCUUUUAAAUUUCAUAAUGAGAGCGGCAUUGCUAACCUUUACAGCCUGCAUUCAUGGCUUGGGAUCGCGAUCAUUGUCCUCUAUGGCAUUCAGUGGAUAUACGGAUUUCUUGUAUUUUUCUUCCCUGGAGGUUCAACUGCAGUUAUGAGCGAGUCCCUGCCUUGGCAUGUGUUAUUAGGGGCGUUCGCGUAUAUUUUGGCAGUUGCAAAUGCUGCAAUUGGGUUAUUAGAGAAGCUCACAUUCCUUGAGAACUCGGGACUUGCCAGAUACAGCCCUGAGGCCUUGCUCAUCAACUUCACUGCUGUGGUUGCAAUAUUAUACGCGGCUUUUGUUAUAUUGACCGUUAUUGGUCAGGGACCUCCGGUGAAGGAUAGUACGGCCGUACAGGAGUAGGAUGAUAGAAUUUCUGGUGGCUCCAUUUCAGUUGAAGUCAUAGGACGUCUAUUGUUUGUAUUUGAUGGUCUUGUAUAUAUGUGUGUAAGAGUGGCAAUUUAAUUAUCAAUAAUAUUCUGGCCUUUUUUUUUUUU